ACAUCGCUCAUACACACCAUGCAUUAACAUAGAAAGUAGCGUCAAUGAUAUACAGUUUAAUUAGAUCUAUUCGAAUAUGAAGUUCGCAAUAUACGUCAUAUGCUGUUACGUAUUUAUUACGUCAUGUAUUGCGUCAUCGCACCGAAAUGAGAAACGAUUAAGAGAAAUUAUCGAGAUCAGCGAACGUAUGAACUACACUGUUGAUCCUGCGACCCUGACCCCUGCUCAAGUAAAACUGUUGUUCAAGAUGAAUUCGUUCUGUCAGUGUGAAUGUUGUCGUGAAUCGCCAGCGCCACAGUGUGACCGUGAAAAUCCAGUUGAUCUCGGAGAAAACUUUACUUGUCCGGAAAACUUCUGCACUGGGGAAGCGAUGUGUCGUAAUUAUGAUCAAAGCGAAUGCGAGAAAUCUUGUUUCUGUCAGCGAUGUGGGGGCUCUCUCCCUGAUGACGACUACCGUUGCCGUAGCAACGUGACGUACUUAAGCCCAAGUUGCAACUGUAGUUCCCUCACCCACCUUGCCCCAUGCGCGAAGGAAGAGUUCGACCCCCACCAAGUAGCUUGGCAAUUACAACUCAUGCUCACAAGGGAGAGAUUACUUGAAUGUACCCUGGCAUGCUUCUGCGUAGAUUGUGACGUCGCAACCUUGUCACAAGUCAUAGAACGGGGGCCACCAUUGUCAAACACUUGUGACGGAAUAAUUGUCAUUCCGGAUUAUUGUAGAGAAUGCGCGCCUUGUCCAACAGCCGAAUCUCUCCGACUUGCGCAACAGCAUUUAAACCUCAUUCGAAUCUCACAAGCAAGCUACAGCAAGAAGUAAACGCCAUGGAAAACAUUUUGUUUGAACUAAUUUAACCAGGGCUGGAUUUCAAUUGAAACCCACCAGAACGAUG